UUGUUUCAUAAAAUUUUGAUUUUUUUGCGUCUGAUUUCUUUUUUUUGUUUUUGGCACUAUUUAUUUUAUCUCUCUUUACUAUACAUUUUUUCCCAAUCGAACAAUAAUUUUAAAAAUAAUAAAAUAUACAACGAUUCGAUUUAAAUUUUAAUUAACACCUAAAAAAAUUCUUUGCCAAUAUUUCUUUCCAAUAGGAGUGUCUCGCAAUAGAUUUCGAAAAAAUUUGAUCAUCUAUUAUAAUUUGCUCCUUUUUUUUAAUAAAUAUAUUUAUGCUUAUAUAUUUUUUUUGUUUUUUUCGAAAUACAUAUCUCAAUUAUGUUUAGAAAUAAUUUUCUUUUUAUUUUAAUUUUUAAUAAUUGUUUAUAGAAAAUGUCUCUUCGCUUUAUCGGACAACACGAUUUUACUAGUAAGGGAAAAUUUGUUUGGGAAAUACUUUCACAGAAUUAUUGUUGGAAUACAAAAUGGCCUUUAGAAUCGUCCUAUAUUAAAAUUAUUGCAGCCCGUCCAAAAAUGGAUCGCUGGCUUCAACAAGGAGUUCUUUGGGGAGAAUGGACAUUUCGUGGCAUUCCGUUAGGUGUUUACAAAUUUGGAAACGAAUUAAAUCGUUCACAAUGGAUUCUUGUUCACAAACACGAAGAAAAGAAAUUGAUUGAAAAUGAGAAUAAAAUGCCUAAAAUUCGCCUUCCAUCUUCAUUUCCAAUUCCUCCUUUGCAGAGGCUUUUGGGGAAUAAAUUGUCUAAAAAACUGGAGAUUCUCGACAAAACUACUCAUACUCCUCAAGAACGUGCACUUUUAGAUUUAUCUGUUGAUCCAGAAUUUGAACAUUUAUUUUCUUUGUUUGAAAGAUUUGAACCAAUUAAAGAAUCAAGUCAAAGUUUGAAUAAUAAUUCAAUAUACAAUGAAGUUGAUCCGUCCAAUCUUUUGGAAUUACUUGGACAAAUGUUUCCUGUAAAAAUAGAUGCUUUGUCUUCUGAUAAGGCUUAUUAUAAACCUUUAUUUAGGCAAAAAAGAAAUUGA